CGGACUUCCGGCCAAGGAGCGGCGCUGUUGGCGGAAGUAGGCGCGAUGGCGCUGUCGGCGGUUCGUCGCGUGGUGCGGCCUUGGGUUGUGCCGAGGAGCAGCUGGGGAUGGAAGGGGGCGGCCCCGCUCGGCGCUCGUGCCGCUUCGGACUUGCCCAAAGACAUGCUUCCUGGGCCUUAUCCCAAGACUCCGGAGGAAAGGGCAGCUGCUGCACGAAAGUACAACAUGAGGGUGGAAGACUAUGAGCCAUAUCCAGAUGAAGGCUUUGGUUAUGGUGAUUAUCCAAAACUUCCUGACCGAUCCCAGCAAGAGAGAGAUCCAUGGUAUGAUUGGGAUCAUUCUGACCUGAGGCGUAACCAUGGAGAGACAAUGCACUGGGAUUUUGAUAUGUUUCUUCGGACACGGGUUGACACAUCUCCCACACCAAUAUCCUGGCAUCUCAUGCGUCGAUACCUCUUUGGCUUUAUUGGCUUCAUGCUUGUCAUGUUUGUCCUGGGCGAAAUGUAUCCCUCCUACCAGCCUGUGGGACCAAAGCAAUAUCCCUAUAACGACCUCUAUCUGGAACGAGGUGGAGAUCCCAAACAGCCUGCACCAGAAGUCAAGCACUAUGAGAUUUGAGAACAGGAACUGCACCACCUUUUCAUCCUCUAUAUUUUCAGAAAGACUACUGGGCAUAACUGUUGUUGUUUUGAAUGUCCCAAUGAUGGGAGUAGUAACAUCUAUGAGAAAUUGAUUUUCACAUCUCUUGUAUCCCUAAGCGAUGUGGAAAUAAUUGUCCUCUUCACAAUCUUCAAAGGAACUUCUUUACAAACAGCUUGGGACUAAAUCCAUUUGCUUGUUCCAACUGGAGUAGAGCUGCUGAAUCGACUACUUGCUGAUGAGUCAGCAUUUGUGUAAAGUACAUUGAUUCUUUGGAUUUGUGCUAGUUGGGAUAAGCACUUGGAUUUAGAUCCUUUCCUGCAAAACUCCCAGCUCAUAUGAAAUCAGUACAUGGAGUAUGGUACAUAUUAGGUGUUUCUAAUGUUCAAAAAAGGGCAAAUAAACAGAAAAUCUCAUACAAACAA